UCUCUUCUAGCCGAAACCGGGGUCGGGAUGCGCUCGCUCCGGUUCGAGUCCACGGCCACGCGCGGCUCCGCUCCCAUCGCGCUUGUAGUUUUCCCGCAGCAUUUCCAGGUCAGACGCGCGUUGCUUCCUGUGCGGCGCGUCUGGACUAAAGAUGGCCGGAGAUGGAGGCGCAUUGAAGGAUAUCAAUGAGAUUAAAUCUCAGUUCCGCACCCGGGAGGGAUUUUACAAGCUGCUCACCCUCUCAGACUCUCAGCAGCGGGCCGGGCUGCUGCCGCGGGGACCCUCAGCGGGCGUCACGGUGGGACCCGGAGUCACCACGGGCUCCAUCCCGGGCGGCGGUGCUGGUGUGGGGCUGGUGCAGGGGCCCGGGUCCGCCGCCAACUCCUCUCCCGGCUUCCUGCCGCCGGUGCGGGUGUCGAUUGUCAAGCUGAAGCCGGAGGACCCGGGCGAGGAUUCGGAGCGCGUGUGUUUCAACAUCGGCAGGGAACUUUAUUUCUACACCUACACGAACAUUAAGAAGGCGGUGGAUCUCAGUAAACCUAUAGACAAGCGCAUUUAUAAAGGAACUCAGCCGACGUGUCAUGAUUUCAACCAGUAUUCUGCUACAGCAGAUAGUGUGGCUCUCCUGGUGGGCUUCUCUGCUGGACAGGUUCAGUAUCUGGACCCCAUAAAGAAAGAGACCAGCAAACUCUUCAACGAGGAGAGGUUGAUAGACAAAUCCAAGGUCACAUGUCUGAAAUGGCUUCCCAAAUCGGAGAAUCUGUUCCUGGCAUCUCAUGCCAGCGGUCACCUCUACCUCUACAACGUCGAGCACCCGUGUGGCACCACGGCCCCUCAGUACGGUCUCCUCCGGCAGGGAGAAGGAUUCGCCGUCUACGCCUGCAAAACCAAGACGCCCCGUAACCCUUUGCUGCGCUGGGUUGUCGGCGAGGGCGGCCUGAACGAGUUUGCCUUCUCCCCCGACGGCGUGCACGUGGCCUGCGUAGGCCAAGACGGCUGCCUCCGCGUCUUCCAUUUCGACUCCAUGGAGUUGCAGGGCGUGAUGAAGAGCUACUUCGGGGGCCUGCUGUGUGUCUCAUGGAGCCCGGAUGGCAAGUAUCUGGCCACCGGCGGAGAGGACGACCUCGUUACGGUGUGGUCGUUCGGCGAGAGCCGCGUGGUGGCGCGAGGUCACGGCCACAAGUCUUGGGUGAACGUCGUGGCUUUCGACCCCUUCACCACGAACCUGGACGAUGAGGAGCCAAUGGAGCUCAGCGGCAGUGAGGAGGACCUCCAGCAGGGGGCGCUGCACUUCGGCCGCGUGCGCACCAGCAGCACGCUCUCCCGCCUCUCGCGUCACAGCUCCAAAGGCGGUGCCUCAUCGGUGUCGUACCGCUUCGGUUCCGUCGGUCAGGACACACAGUUCUGUCUGUGGGACCUGACGGACGAUGUCCUCUACCCACGUCUGCCGCUCUCCCGUGCCCUAACCAACACCUUCGGCUCCACGACCGGCGGCGCGGCCCUCAACAGCGCCGGCGGAGGAGUCGUCGUCGUCGAGGGUCACCAUCACCCCUCCAACCCCCACCAGACGUCCACGCUGCCCCUGCCGCUGCCUCGCUCCCUGUCUCGCUCCAACUCUCUCCCGCACCCUGCCGUCGCCAAUACGUCCAAGAGCCAGAGCACCGUGGAAGGCGGGGGGUCAGGGGGCGGCGGCGUAGGGACAGGGGGAACGGGAGGAAAUGCCCCCUUCAGCAUCGGCCGCUUCGCCACGUUGUCCCUACAAGAGCGCAAAUCGGACAAAUCCGGGGCGGGAGGGGAAAAGGAGCACAAGCGCUACCACAGCCUGGGCAACAUUAGCAAAAGCAACGAUAAGAUCAACGUGGCCCCGCGCGCCAGCAGACUGGACGGCGCCAAAGUCCUGGGCACCACGCUGUGUCCUCGCAUGAACGAGGUGCCGCUGCUGGAGCCGCUGGUGUGUAAGAAAAUCGCUCACGAGCGCCUCACCGUUCUGGUCUUCAUGAACGACUGCAUCAUCACCGCGUGUCAGGAGGGACUCAUCUGCACCUGGGCACGACCCGGCAAAGCGCAUCCAUCAUCUGCUCAGAACGGAAACUCGCCGAGCGGGACGGUUGUAUAACCCGGCCGGAGUCAGACCAUCACUGCAAGCGGGACUUUGACGCUCUUCUGCACACCGGUUCUUUAUUUAUUUGUUGAAACUUUGAGACGAUUUGCAUUGUACAUAUUUUCACGACGGAAGAGGAUGACGCGGGACUGAAAGAGUUAAUAUAUAACGAUUUUUGUUGUAAGUAUAGUCGGAAAGAUGUAUCACGGUCACCAAUGUUAGAAGGUGUUUUGCUUUCAGCCAAAUGUUUAGUAUUUGGGGGUAACUCUUGUAGCGUGGUGGUGCAGCGCCGUACACCUGCCGUCUUCACAUUUUGCACAUUUCCCGGUUGGUCCGAGCUUGUUUGAUGGAGGCAGAUGGCGGGACGCCUCAUCAAAUAUUCAUGCUGUUUACAGUUAGCGUUUAUGCAAAGCGGAUGGAGAUGAGAAAGCUGUGAGUAAAGACCUUUAUCAGUAUCUCUGUACAGGAUCACGUACAUUUAUCCUUUAAAUAAAUGUGUAAAUGAAUAACACAUCAGUCAACACUACUCAGUCUCUUUGAAAUAAGUUUGUUGACACGAUGAGAAGCACGUGUGUUAAUGUUACAGUCGGUAAUGCACAUAACAUUCAAUUCGCACGCAAACACACCUGCUUUAAUCCUCUUUUCUCCUUUUAAUGCGUUUUGUCAUGUUAUUGUGGCUUGAGAGAGAGAGAGAGAGAGAGAGAGAGAGAGAGAGAGAGAGAGAGACGGUUAAAAGUUUACCUCAGACUGUUUAGUUGCAAAACCUCCGGGAACUAUUGAAACUGUGAAAAAACUGUUUCGUUGGAGUUGACACGACUCUCUCUCUCUGUCAACGGCUCUCAUCAAAACAAACCAACUGCAGUUUGAUUGAUAUUAAUUGAAAUGCACAAUUAAACAUGAUUUUUGAAAAUAUUUUAAAACGGGAAUUAUCUUAUUUUGGAAAUAAACUCUUCGGAUUGUUUUGUUUA